AAUUCCCCCUCCCUACUUUUCCCUUCUUCCUCCCCUUCCCCACCUCUCUCCAUUUCGAGACAAAAGUAGGUGAUCUUCCGUGUAUUUCAAAUUCUUGGUGUCAUAUUUCUUUGCGGAUUCAAGGUAUUCUCGUGUUGCGGCCACGGUAGGGUUUUGAUUUCGUCUUUCGUAGCCAAGAAGUUGGACGGUUUUCUUGUUUCAGGAAAAAGAAGCUCAAAACCCUUUUGAAAAGUUCAAGCAGUGGUGUAAUACUAUCCAUGGAACAGUACGAAAUUCUGGAGCAGAUUGGUAAAGGUUCCUUUGGUUCAGCUCUUCUUGUGAAGCAUAAACAUGAAAGAAAGAAAUAUGUCUUGAAAAAGAUUCGUCUUGCUCGACAGACUGAUAGGGCACGUAGAUCAGCUCACCAGGAGAUGGAGCUUAUUUCCAGAGUUCGAAAUCCCUUUAUUGUGGAAUACAAAGACUCAUGGGUAGAAAAGGUGACACCUGCUCCAUUUCAGAUGAUUCUCCUUGCAUAUAUGCUGGCUGUAAACGCAUUUAGAGUCUUGAAUAUUGCAAUGCAAUCUGCUAUCAUGGACUUCAAAUACUAUUGCAGCAGUUUAUGGUACUCUUUCGACUUAUUUGUUGCAGGUGACUUUGGCCUUGCAAAGAUGUUGACUUCUGAUGAUCUUGCAUCCUCAGUUGUGGGAACUCCAAGCUAUAUGUGCCCUGAACUCCUUGCUGAUAUACCUUAUGGUUCCAAGUCAGACAUUUGGUCUUUAGGAUGCUGCGUCUACGAAAUGUCUGCUCAGAAGCCUGCAUUUAAGGCUUUUGAUAUGCAAGCUCUCAUUAACAAGAUAAACAAGUCUAUAGUGGCUCCUCUUCCUACAACGUAUUCUAGUGCAUUUCGAGGUCUUGUGAAGAGCAUGUUGCGGAAAAAUCCUGAACUCAGACCAAGUGCUGCAGAGUUGCUCAAUCACCCCCAUCUUCAACCUUAUAUCCUCAAAAUUCAUCUAAAAUUGAAUAGCCCAAGAAGAAAUACCUUUCCACUCCAGUGGACUGACUUGAACCGUGUAAAGAAAACUAGAUUUAUGGAGCCAGAAGUUGUUCCCUUUUUCAUCGACAGGGACAGAAGGUUAUCAUUUAGCAAUGACAGGGCCUUGAAUCCAAGUAUUUAUGAAGUGGAGCAAGAAUCUGUGUCUUCUUCUCGGAGAACCUUGGAAUCACCAAUCUUUCUGAACCGGAGAUUCUCGGAAUUAUCUGUUGGUGUUGUCAACGAAGAGAUUGUAGUUGGAAAGCCUGUGGCCACAAAGUCUACGGGCACUGCUAGAACUCCUAGAUUGACACCAGCAAAAGAUUCUGCUACUCCAAGAAGACAAAAAACAUCAUCAAAUAUUGGCCCAAAACAUGAUUUGAUUAGGACAUCGCAUACUCCAAGUAAAUCCUCCCAUCCUACUCGAAGAGCAUCACUUCCAUUGACUAGGAAAGCCGCAGCCGUGGAAACACCAUACAGAGCUGAUGUUGGGCUACUUCAUGCUGUGGAGUCCCCAGAUGUAUCUGUAAAUGCGCCAAGAAUUGACAAGAUUGCUGAGUUCCCAUUAGCAUCAUCUGAAGAGCCUCUCUAUCCUAUUCGUGGAACAUCGUCAACCUCUGUGCAGUGCUCUUCUUCAUCACCAUCAGACAAUGCUGAUCACUCAAUCACAAAGGACAAGUGCACAGUCCAGAUUUUGGGGGGAGUAGUUAAAAGGUCAAAUUUUGACGAUGGAAAUCAUGAGGUAAUGCAAAAUGGAAGUGAAGGUUCAGUACAUCAUCCAACGGCUGGAAAUUCAAGCCGUUCAUCUUUUGAGUCAAGACAACGUCGGUUCGAUACCUCAUCGUACCAGCAACGUGCAGAAGCACUUGAAGGGUUGCUUGAGUUUAGUGCAAGGCUUCUGCAACAAGAAAGGUACGAUGAGCUUGGGGUUUUGUUGAAGCCAUUUGGUCCUGAAAAGGUUUCUCCCAGGGAGACUGCAAUCUGGUUGGCUAAGAGCUUCAAAGAGGCUGCAGUCUAGCCAAAAUGCUUAAUCUCCAUUAGGUCUCCACUCUUGUGCUUUCUUGUCUAAAUAAUAGGAUGAUGGUUGUGAAUUCUGGUCUUCUCUUAAUCUCCAUUAGAAGACUGUAACUAGAGACGGCUUUUAUGAAGAAAUAAAGAAGAAGAAAUCUUCUUGUAUAUUAUUGUGUUCAUAUAGCAGAUGGGUAAUUGUAAUUGGUGCACUUCUGUGAAAAUUGAGAGUUGUACAACUAGAUUUUUGUAAGAGUUUUAUCUCCAAAUUCCAAAA